UAAACAGUCUGUGCGAUCAAAGGGCACAGUCACCUUUUCAAGGCUCCAUUGGCUGCUGGCUAGGCCCCAUUGCUGAGUGAAAAUAAUCCACAAUGGGCUGGUUCGAUGGAAAAUCCCCGACCUCCUCGUCAUCUCACAGACAUCACUCUCGUCGACGCUCCUCCCCUUCCCGGCGUUCUACGUACUCGUCCUACAAUGCCCGCCAUUCCGCACCAUCAGUUUUCAGCCUGGGCAGUGGUGUCAAUCGUGCAGGACGAUCCAGCCCAUCCGUGUUCUCCUCAUCGUCACGACGCGCACGGCCCAGGGAAGGUUUUGUCGCACGGAUAGUUCACAUCAUCCAGCGCAUCUUUCGCGAUGCGUGGAAAUAUGCACGCGACCACCCUAUAAAGGUCCUGACGCUGCUCGUGAUCCCACUUCUGACAACUGGUGUCCUGCAAAGGCUAUUGGGCAUGAUCGGUAUCCGUUUGCCAAAGAACCUCCACGGAGCAUCGGCGCUGCGACCUGGCGGGGCCGGUCUAUCGGACAAUAUCAGUGGACUGUUCAGCAUUGCCAAAAUGUUCAUAUAGCUCCUAGAACUCGAGCCUCUGCCUUUCCGAUACGA